UACCUCAAGCAGACGAAAUUCAGGUUAUUGAGGAGGCUGAUGAAGAAGAUGAGCGGCAGCUAGGAGAAGAAAAGACAUGCUGAGUAAACUCCAGUUGUGUUCAGUAUGAUGAUAGGAAGUCCUAUUUUUUUUUUUCACUGUGCAGACUUUAGCCUGAUGCAUUUCACUUAAAAUUGAAAGGCCUUAAUACUGUGAGAGGAUUCUUUCUGCUCCAGUGGAAUCCCACUCCUAUGCACUUUCACCACACAGAAUACAAAACUUUAUUCUAAAGUUAAGUAUUGUAUACCCAGAUGCAAAGUUCUUUUAUGCCUUAGUUGGUAUAAAAUAUCCUGAUACAAUGCUGCCUUGCUGAAUACGGAACUGUUAUUUUCCUCGAGGUACCUACGAUUUUUAGAUACAUCCAAUGACUUCAGUUACCAAAGUGGCAAGAACUUUUUGCUAACAAGGAUACGUUUGAUGAAUUCUGAUGUUGUCUUGAGUUGUGUAUUUCAUGUUGUUUUUGAACAUGAAUAAGAAAAAUUCUGUGCCUAUAUGAAAACCAUGUUCCUGUUGCAGUGCAAGCCUGUUGUGAGGUGUCUACUUCAGUGCAAUCACGUGCUUAAUGUAGUCAUCUCAGAGCAACUGUUCAAGGACUGUGACAGAAAUGCUAAAUUUUGAUACUUGUGGUUUAAAAAAAAAAAGGAAAAAAAUCAGGUGCAUCUAUUUAUGAUGCUUUUUAUUCUUGUGCAUAAUCUGAUGGUUUGUUUUUUGUGCAGAAAAUAUUCAGGUUUGCAGUGGGUGUUCAUUGAAUAUGAGGCCAUUAUCAUCUGUUGCCUUGCUGUUUUGUGGUAAAACAUUAAAAAUCUGUUCAGCUACUUAAAUUAUUAAGGGAUUUUAUUCUUCAAGUUAUAAUGCUAUCUUUCCUGCCCUUACUCAGGUUCCUGUUUAAAAAAACAAGUCAACAACACAAUAGAUUUUAUCUUGCACCGAUUUCUGGUAUUAAAUUGUAAAGAAAUAAGAUCAUAUUUCAUUUAUUCUUUGUAUGUAAAACUUUAGGAGAAUUAAAGAGUUUUUUUUUUACAAAAGAUAGAAACUAUUGUUUCAAAGUGGCUAGUGUAUUUUAAUGUGCCUUACAUCUUUUCUUCCACCACAGACAUAGCUUAUAUUGCCUACAAGUUUGAUCUGCGUCUAGAAAUAUACGUAUGGAAAGCAGAAUGUGAAAGCUUCGUGUAAAGCCUCAUAGUAAGAUCAACAUCACUGUAUAUAGUUGAUUUUAGAUCAUUUAGUUGUAAAAUAAGAAACUUAAUCCAAAAACCACACAAACAUGUAUUUUAGGAAUGCUGCAACUGUAGUACCAGUGGCAAAAAUAAAAAUGUGUAAAUUAAGCUGCAAGUAAAUAAUCACCUUAUGCAAGCCACAAAGAAAGCUAGCUUUAAAGUGCACUUUUUAAUAGUAAGCAUUUAUAUGCUGUGCAGAUGAAUGGCAUUAAAAAAUGCCCAUGUUGCUGAUAUAUGUUAGCAUAUUUUUGUUUACAUUUACAUUAGUUAGCUUGAAAAGAUGUAACAUUUCUAAGAUAAUCUAGUCUAAAUUAUUUUGUGCUCUUUCACAGAAUCUAAUAUCUGUUCUGCUCUUUGGUCAGUUCAAGUAACUGAGAAGGAUUUUUAUUCCCCCCCCACUAAUCAGCUGUUUGUGGAUUCACUUUCAAAGACCACUGAGGAGCUAAUGUCAUCAAAGGUUGCUUCGGGGCAUGUUUGCAGAAGUGGAGGUAACUUUAACUGAAGUGCUCUAAUCUUUCAAAAAAUAUUGAUGGAGAGUUAUUUGAAUGUUGUUUGAGCUGUUGUCAACAACACAUAUCCUUAUAAAGCAGGUCACACUUAUUCUGGUGACAGACCACUGGGAAGUUACAACUAAUUUCGACCUGUGAUCACGCUUCUAUUCCACAUCUACCAGGGUAUACUAAGGAGCACAGAGAAGCACACAGAACACUUUUAAAAUAUUUUCUAAAGCAACACUCACUUCUUGUUUGGUCAAGAAGUAGGCUAAAUUAGCUUACACUGAGCUUUAUUGCUACAGUAGAUAACCUUAUUUCCGAUAAUAUUUUCAGCUUUAAGUAAAGCCUUCACAGCACCUUUCCUGUCAAAACAGUCUAUCAUCUCCUCAUUGCCCUCUUCUACAACAUAGCUUGAAUUACUUGCUCCCAUGCAUACGGUACAUACAGAACUACACUAUGAAGUUAGUUUCCUGUAAGGAGCCAGAUUCCCUCUACACCUCUGGAGACCUCUGGAUGUCAUGGUGGUACUGAACAGUCAAAAACAACUACUUGCUUCCUCUUCCUUUGAGUUAUUCCUUCACAGCAAAGUCAGAUAGUGAGUUGAAGACUCAAAAUGGAAGGACUGGAGUAACAUUAUUUCAGAGCACCAGGAACAUGCUUUUGAGAUGUUGUCUGUUGGACAUGUGGGUCUCAUCUCAUUCUUAGACAUGUUAUUUCAAAAGAAAGGAAGUAUUUCUGCUCAGAAUGAACUGAAAACCUCAGAAAUAGAAGGCAAGGGACUCCUUGGCAGCUGCUUGGACCAUUUUACUCCAUCUGACAGUCUAGACUCCUCUGUUCAUCGUCUUUCUGCACAAAUGAGAUGAACUGAUAUUGAAUUCAGAUUCAGGAACGUAUUGUACUGCAGUAUCCAAGACCAGAAGAUUAUUUUAGAGCUCCCACUAUCCUGGUCUGCCUCCUGAUCCAGCCCAAAUUCUGCAGAAUCCUUGGUGACAGCACGUGAAGAGAACUGCAGUCAGCAUUCAGUACGUUCCUGUGUUGGGAUGUUCUGCGUCUGAUGAGGAGUUACUGACUUGAGAGCACGUGGCCUGGAGGCUGAGGAUGGCCCCUGAUGCUGUUCAGAAGGCAGGCGAAGAUGAAAUCAAGCACAGCAAAAGCAUCGGUUUUGAGAGCAUAGAGAAGAGAGAGGAAAUCAUGGUCAUGCUGAAGAUUUCAUCUUUCCUUGCUGUUUAUGCCUUGGUUGUGUGCCAGAUGGACAGCUUCCAGGCAGCCCCAGUCAGACCUGGCUUGGAGUCCAUCACAGAUCGAGUGACGCUCAGUGAUUACGAAGCUCGGAGAUUAUUAAAUGCGCUGGUGAAAGAGUUCAUACAGAUGACGGCAGAAGAGCUGGAGCAAGCCUCUGAGGGGAACAGCAGCGUAACAGCACAGAAAAGGGCAUGCAACACAGCUACCUGCGUGACCCAUCGUCUGGCAGACUUCCUGAGCAGGUCAGGAGGAGUGGGCAAGAACAACUUUGUCCCAACCAACGUGGGCUCUAAGGCUUUCGGCAGGCGAAGAAGAAGCGUUCAAAUAUAAGAAGCUGAAUGACAACAUGCCUACGGUUGAUGUGCAAUUGAAGACUCAACUUCAAUUUCUAAUGAAUGGAACUCUUCUCCACAAAUCAAGACAGCCAAAAAGAAGAUUAAUUUUGCAUCCUAAUAUUGAAAGCAUUUUGUUUAAGAUGAAAAUGAGAACACUUCUGUUAUGUAUAGUACAAGGGACUCAAGUUAUUCAAGUUAAAUUAUUGUAUAUUCUUUUUAUAUGCAACUCCAUUUCAAAUAAAAUGUGACAGCAUCUAUUAUUUAUUUAUCUUCUAGCAUAUAUGUGAUCCAUGCUAUUUAUCCUGGCACUGCUGCCAAAACUCGGGGAGUUAUACUGAACUGCUGCCUAGCGAGGCGUGUGUGUAUAACAUGGUGUGCUGUGCCUUGGUGUUAAACACUUAACUAACCUGAUUGUACAGUAUGUUUAAAAGCAAAACAAAAGCCAACCUCUUAACUAUUGUAUCAUUUGUGAAUUUACGCAAAAUUAAAAAAAAGUAUUUUUAGAUACACUUG